AUGGAAUUACUUCACGGCAUUUUCCAGGCGAGAGUCACGGAAAACGCAUUCACAGGUCAAGACUUUGACUCCAUAGUCUUUGCAGAUCCUGGAGGCUUAUGGCAUAGGCAAGGCGAAGCGAAUCGGCAGAUUUUUGAGAUGGUGAUGUUAGGAGAAGUCGAGAAACGGAAAGACAACAGGCCAUACCAAAGACGUCGUUUGGUCAAGGUUUUCAAUGACGGUGGGAGAGCAGCGUAUUUGGAUUUGCGACCACCCUCUACUGAUCCCAAUUCGCAAGUACAACAGUCUCAAUCAGCAGAACAAGAACAAAGACCACUCUUCGAUCGAUUCUUCAAGAACAUCUUCCUAGACGUUUUCCGAUGGGGCGACUUCGUGAAAGCUACUCAAAAAGCAAUGAACGGAACUAUCCUCGAUAUCCAAGAGCUAUCUGGGGUUCACGUGCAUCGAAGAGAUCAUCCGUAUUUG